UGUCUUGAACGACCGACACUAGAACGACUAGGACGAUGGGGAAUCAUGUCAUUCCAGAAUACGAUGACCCCACCAGAUAGUCUCGCCUCGAUAGCUGGCUGGUGUGGAUGGGUCCGGCUUUCCACCCGAGUCACUCUCCAGUCAGAGGUUCGCAUUCACCACGUUGGAGAAUGAUACCACCAGAAACCCCGCCCUUGGGUAGAGAGGUCAGAUGGAGAAAGCGGAAAGGGGAAAGAACACCGAUGUGGAAUCAGACAUAUCCAUGUAUCUUGCCUGAAGGCUGCCCCCGUCGCCUCCCACCCUCCACAAAAGGGAUCCCCUGCUUUGUUUCGGGUCGUGUGGGGAGAACGAGGAUGUGCCUGCUCACGAUUGAAGCACCAGCCCGUCGAGGCUGUGGACAGAAUAAACCGGACAAUGUAGAUCCAUGCUGUACAGCACCUGUCCGGUUUAUUCUGUCCACAGCCUCGCCCGUCACUUGCGAACUUUUGCCUUCAGGAUUGCAGUUCGUGGCUGGACCUCGUUACGUGAAGGGGAAGUCCCGUGUUCGCCGGCAUGGCUGUGUAUACGAAAAGGCAACCUCUGACUCGCACGACAGGUCGAGCCUGUGUGCUUCGUGUUGAGCAACAGACGCACCCGGACGCUCAGAUAUUUCCCCGACUUGAACCUUCUUUUAUUGCCUUGCAUUGCCAAGCAUCGACGUGACUUCGCAAUCACGGAAAAUCUGAGCCCAAUAUGAUCACCACCUGCUGAGCCUGGCCGUUGACAACUUACAACAGACCAGUCAGUUAGGUCUCCCGGGGCAGAUGGGACACCCCUCGCACGGAAUCCGCAACUUGGCGAUCCCCUGCCGAUGUCUGGCUUGCUUUUCUCGAGAUCUUCGAGCGAUCAAGUGCUGCCUGUCCCAAUUGCCUGAUAAGUAAUCACGGGAUGCGACCUUAUUCUCC